AUGAAUUCUAAUAAUAAGGUGGAUUGCGAAUAUCCUGAGCAUUAUAUGCUUGAUAUCGACGAGGUAUUUAUUUAUAUUAUGUUCAGAAGAAACCAGUACAGUAAUAGAAUUUUAUGCCAUUUCUACCUUAUGGAGUCAUAUCCAAUCUUGAGAACCAAGUGAAUCGAGUAAGAAGUUAAGUUGAAAUAAAACAAGAGGAUAGAUAGAUGAUUAAGAAUGAUUCAUAGGCCUCUUUAAAAGAUGAUGUUUUGUGUUUACAAAAUAUAAAAGGAAAUGUGAAGAAUGCAUACAUUAAGAAAAUUAGUUCUCUACUUAAUGUAAGUAUGGAAGAGGAUAAAGAAAAAUUGCUUCCUUCAAAAAGAGUGAAGGAUAAUGUUUCUUCGAACUCUUCGAAAUAAUUUGAGAAUGAGGAUUUAAAGAUGCAAAAGAAUAGGGAAAGUGCCAGAAAUUCGAGAUAAAGGAAGAAGCUAUAUAUUGGGUUAUUGGAGAAGAAGGUUGAAGAUUUGAAUGGGCAAAUAGAGGGACUCAGAUAAUAAACGGAGAUAACAUUCAAGCAUAUUCACAAUAUAAUUGAACAUAAUGCAUGUUUCAAAGGAAUGAUCAUAGAACAAGCACAAAUAUUCGAUUAAUUACAAAGCAAAGACCCAGAGACUAUUGAAGGAUAGGAGAUGCAAGCAUUGCUCACAGACUCUUAUAAAUUAAAAUUUAGUGCCACAGGUUCAAAAAGAAAGCAAUACAUUAGAUAUUGCUUUUAGAAUGUAGCCCGAAUACUGAUGGAUGGUAAUUAUGGUACACUGCUAUUUGGAAGUAAUUGUCUGCCAAAGAAUUGUAUAAUUUAUAAAAGAUUAAUUCAGUUCAAAUUCUGGACGAUGAGGAAUUGCAUGAAUAUGUCAAGCAAUUCAAAGAAAUCACUGGAUGUAGCGAAGACAAAAUGUAGCAUUCAAUAACCCAUAUUGUGAGAAGGAUACUCGAGCAUAAGCACUCAUUUUCUUAGUAAUAUGGAGAAUAUAUCUAUAGUUUAAUUAAAUAGAUGAAAUGCAAAUCCAAAGAUCUGAGGAUAUGUUAACAGUAACUCGAUGAUUAGAUAGAUGAAAUGACAGCUUAAAUGACUCCUCAAUAAUUUACAUCCCUCCUAAUCAAUCUCAAUAAAGUAUGAUAUUAGAAUCAAUCAUAGGAUGAAGUAAAAGUCAAAGAAAAUUUUUCAACGACCAAAUCCGAAAUUUAAGCCUAAUAGUUUCAACAACAACAAUAAUAAUAAUAGUAAUAAUAAUAGCAAUAACUUCUGAACCAAUACAAGUUUUUACCUUAAAUUUCUCUUGAGUUAUUACUUAAUAAUAAGAAUACGCCAUUCUUACUACCAAGUAAUCUAAUGAUAGACCCUCUGUAAUUCAAUGAUUUAAUUUAAAAGAAGCUUUGUAAAUAACCAUGA